AUGACAACCAAUAUAUCCAAAGAAGAUAUUCUGAAAGAACUUGAUGAAACCACUAAAACAGAUUCAAGUGUUAAAAUUACUACUACUAUCAGUCAAUCAUUAGAAUAUCUUGAUGUUACUAUUGAAAAUAAUAAUGGACAUUUAAAGAUAUCUAUUUAUCAUAAAUCAGCUUCAGAACCCUAUAUUCUACCUUAUGAAUCUGAUCAUCCAAGACACAUUCAUGCGAAUAUAAUUUAUAUUGCAUUAGUGCGAGCUGCACGUAACUGUUCCAAUGUGGAAGAUUUUGAUAUAGACCGAUUAAGUACAGAAAUGAUAUUACUAGUUAACGAUUAUCCACCAAAAUUUAUACAACAUCAUAUUGAAAAAUUCGUUGUUAAAUAUGAUUCUAUGAGUGUAUGGGCUGAAUUAAACAGGGAAGUCAAUCAACAACUACAUAAUAUGUUACUUUACAGACCAACAAAAAGAGAAAACAAAACAUAA